CUACUUGUGUCUUACAGCUGUGAUUCAAUUCUCUUUUAGAAAAACUGCAGAGAUGUAAAGUCAUCCUCCUGUUGGGGGGUCCUGGUUCUGGGGUCAAAAUUCAGGCAAAAAACCUGGCAGAAAAAUUCAACUUGCUGCAUAUAUCGUUUGAAGACCUACUACUGGAGAAGGCUGGUAGUGCAACCUCAACAGGUAACCAAAUCAAAGAAGCCAUCAAGAAAGGCAACCCACUGCCUACGGAUGUCAUAGUAAUGGUACUGCUGGAGAAGCUGGUUAAUCACCUUGACACCCACAGGGAUUUCCUCAUCACAGGUUUCCCACAAAACAUUGAUCAGGCAAUGGAGUUUGACAAACAGGCAGUUUGUCCCACCCAUGUGAUUCAUAUUAACUGUAGUACAGGUACCAGGAUGACUCGCCUUCUAAUAAGAAAAGAGUUACAACAAUCCUACAUGAAGGAUGAAGCUUCCUUGAAGAAACGCAUGUAUGAUUACUUCAAAACCAUUGACAGCAUAAUUAAUUACUACAGAAUCUCGAGCCAUGUCAAAGAGAUUAAUGGUGAAAAAGAAUUAGAACGUGUAUUCAAGAAGUGCUGUAAAACCCUCACAUCAGUUCUGAAAUGCAGAUGUUAAGCCUUCAAGAUUACAUCGUAAUCCUCACCCAUUUUUCCCGUACUACAUAUCAUACAUUACAGUACUUGGGAUUCUUAUAAAUACUUUAAAAUGCAAGUAAAGAGGGAACUAAACACAUGGUCCAGUCUUUAAACAAUAAAAAGCUAAUAAAGCUC